CUGAAAAGUGCUAUAAGCAAAAGCUUUAAAGAAUCAUCUUUUCACUUUCCAAAAAUCAAAAGAGAAAACUUGUCACUUUCUUUCUUCCUCUCUUUUUCUUUUUGUUCUUGUUUUCUGUGUAUUUGAUUUGUGAUCUUCUUCAGAUCUCUUUAGUAAUACCAUUUUGAAAAGAAGAAAAAAAAAGAAAUGAUUCUUGAUUUGGGUUUCGCUUGUUUUUUCUCUGAUCGAACCAGAGAGAUCUCUCAUGAGCACAACAAAGCUUGGCUUUUGGAGGAAACAGGACCAAAGCUUAUGGACUCAGACCCGUAUUCAGGACAGUCGUCAUUUAGGUUUAGUCUUUGCUCACAGGUGGAGCUUGAGAAGAUGAGAAGAGAGGAACCAUCAUCGUCUUGUCGGAAUUUUCAGGUGUCUGAAGGAUCAGCGACCGUUCUUCUGGUGAAUGAGGUUAAGGAGACAGAUAAACCGACGGUUGAGAUGAAUUGGUCGACUGCUCUUUCACUUGAGAAGAGUAUUUCUCCAGUGGCCAAUACCUUGAUCCGGUUUAGCUACAGCGAACUUGUCACCGCCACUCGUAAUUUCUCAAAAGGGAGAGUGUUGGGAAGAGGAGCUUGUAGCUGUGUAUAUAGGGGCAGAAUGGGAAUUUGGCGAAAAGCCUUGGCUAUCAAAAGACUUGACAAAGAAGAUACAGAAUCUCCAAAGUCGUUUUGCAGAGAGUUGAUGAUUGCAAGCUCUCUUCAGUGCCCUAACAUAGUGCCUCUUCUAGGGUUUUGUAUAGAUCCUGAACAAGGACUUUUCUUGGUGUACAAGUAUGUCUCUGGUGGCAGCCUCGAACACUAUUUACACGAUAAGAAAAAGAAGAAGAGAGGUGUUAAGGUUCCCUUUUGUUUGCCUUGGUCAACAAGGUACAAGAUCGCCUUAGGCAUUGCAGAUGCCAUAUCCUAUUUACAUAACGGCACUGAGCAAUGCGUUGUGCAUAGAGACAUCAAACCCUCCAACAUUCUUCUUUCCUCAAACAAAAACCCAAAGUUGUGUGAUUUUGGGUUGGCAACUUGGACAGCAGCUCCUUCGGUUCCUUUCCUGUGUAAGACCGUGAAAGGAACUUUCGGUUAUCUAGCUCCAGAGUAUUUUCAACACGGCAAGAUAUCAGACAAGACAGAUGUGUACGCGUUUGGAGUCGUGUUGCUUGAGCUAAUAACGGGUCGAAAGCCUAUUGAAGUAAGAAGACCACCUGGUGAAGAAAAUUUAAUAGUUUGGGCGAAACCGUUGUUGCAUAGGGGGAUGGGGGGUAUAGAGGAGUUGCUGGAUCCAAGGCUGACAUGUACUAGAAAGAACUCAGUUUCAAUGGAACGUAUGAUCCAAGCAGCAAGAGCAUGUGUAAUGGAUGAGGAGUCACGUAGACCUGGAAUGAAAGAGAUUGUUUCGAUUUUGAAAGGAGGUGAAAGCAGGAGAAUAGAGCUAAGGACGUUUUCAAGCAGGACGAAGUCAAAUCUUUCGAGUUUAAUGGAAUGUUAUCCGCAGUUGCAACGGACAAAAUCUGAGAUGAAGAGUCAUCUUGCUCUUGCGAUGCUUGGAGUAACAGAUUUUGAAGACGGUGCUGAUGAUGUUCUUUUGUAGAGAAGGUAAAAUAGAUAGUUGCAAGAACUGAAGAAGAUGAUAUAAGUGUGAUUUUCUGUGUGUCAGUGUAAAUGAUUUAAACUUAAUUACUUCUGUAUAAAUAUAAUUAAGCUUUCUGAGAUCCACUAGAAAUUCUCACUGGAGUAGU